CCAGGAUCAGCUCUAGAGUUCUAAAGCGGGGCUGUUGGGGAUCCCAACUGUCACCUCAGCGGAUGGUGAACAGUUUAGUUGUCCAGUCCUUGCAGUGCAGCAGCCAGAGCAAGGCUUUCUAGCUUCCACCCACCUAGCUGAUAGUUACCUACCUCUUUUCCCUUGCUAUCUCCUGCAGCUUCCUCUCCCCUCCCCUGCCAUUGUCUGCACUAACCCUAUUUUUCCCUGUCAUGGCCUAACAACUAUCCUACCCCUCCUGCCCAGUCAGCUGUCACCCAUCCUCCCCUUUCCUGCUAUCAACCUCCUUCCAUUACCUACCACCCACUCCUUCUGCCCAGGUAGCUGUCACUCAUCCUUCCCUGCUGUUGCCCCCCUGCAUAUCCUCCACUUCUCUCCCCUCCCCUGCUGUCACUAGCAGCCUACUCUGCCCUUCCCACCCAGCCAGCUAUCACCCACCUUCUCUUCACUUACCAUCUACUCUUUUCUUUCUUGCCAUCGCCCCUUGCCUACCCUUCAAGAGAGUUAGCAGCCAACAGGUAAUUUGGGAAAGGAUCUUGAAUACCUUUAGUGAACAGUCUAACAAACAAGCCACCUGUAAAACACGUGGACUACAAGGACAACAACAAAGCUGACUUUUAAUAUCCAUCUCAAAAACUGAGUGGACUUGUAUUUUAAACGUCUGAAUAUUUACAAUGAAUGGGCACAGUGAUGAGGAAAGCAUAAGAAACAGUGGAGAAUCAAGCCAAUCGGAUGACGAUUCUGGUUCAGCAUCAGGUUCUGGAUCUGGUUCAAGUUCUGGAAGCAGUAGCGAUGGAAGUAGCAGCCAGUCAGGUAGCAGCGACUCGGACUCUGGUUCAGAGUCAGGAAGUCAGUCAGAAUCAGAAUCAGACACAUCUAGAGAGAAGAAACAAGUUCAAGCAAAACCACCUAAAGUUGGUGGAGCUGAGUUUUGGAGAUCAAAUCCAAGUAUUUUGGCUGUACAGAGAUCAGCAAUGCUCAGGAAGCAGCAACAACAACAGCAGAAAGCAGCCUCAUCAAACAGUGGGUCAGAAGAGGAUUCUUCUAGUAGCGAAGACACUGUGGAUGAAUCAUCCAGUGAGAACAAGAGGAAAAAACAUAAAGAUGAAGACUGGCAAAUGUCAGGAUCAGGAUCUGUCUCUGGGACUGGUUCAGAUUCUGAAUCAGAGGAAGAUAGAGAGAAAAGCAGUUGUGAAGAGAGUGAAUCUGAUUAUGAGCCAAAAAAUAAAGUGAAAAGCAGGAAACCUCCAAUCAGAAUUAAGCCAAAAAGCGGGAAGAAGAAUGCAGGACAGAAAAAGAGGCAACUUGAUUCAUCUGACGAAGAUGAGGAUGAUGAUUAUGAUAAAAGAGGGUCUCGUCGCCAGGCAACAGUCAACGUUAGUUACAAAGAAGCUGAAGAAACAAAGACUGAUUCAGAUGACUUAUUGGAAGUCUGUGGAGAGGACGUCCCACAACCUGAAGAAGAUGAAUUUGAAACAAUAGAAAAGUUUAUGGAUAGUCGCAUUGGACGAAAAGGAGCCACUGGUGCUACCACCACCAUCUAUGCAGUUGAGGCAGAUGGUGAUCCAAACACAGGAUUUGAUAAAUCAAAGGAGCCUGGAGAAAUACAGUAUCUGAUUAAGUGGAAAGGCUGGUCCCAUAUCCAUAACACAUGGGAGACUGAAGAAACCUUGAAGCAGCAGAAUGUUAAAGGAAUGAAGAAACUGGACAACUACAAGAAAAAGGAUCAGGAAACAAAACGAUGGCUGAAAAAUGCUUCUCCAGAAGAUGUGGAGUAUUAUAACUGCCAGCAAGAACUUACUGAUGAUCUGCAUAAACAAUAUCAAAUAGUGGAGAGAAUAAUUGCUCAUUCAAAUCAGAAGUCAGCUGCAGGUUAUCCAGAUUAUUAUUGCAAGUGGCAAGGUCUCCCUUACUCAGAGUGCAGCUGGGAAGAUGGUGCUCUCAUUGCCAAAAAAUUUCAGCCAUGCAUUGAUGAGUAUUUUAGCAGAAAUCAAUCCAAGACUACUCCUUUUAAGGAUUGCAAGGUUUUAAAACAGAGGCCGAGAUUUGUUGCACUGAAGAAGCAACCAUCAUAUAUUGGUGGUCAUGAGGGUUUAGAAUUAAGAGACUACCAGUUAAAUGGACUAAACUGGCUUGCUCACUCCUGGUGCAAAGGGAACAGUUGUAUUCUUGCAGAUGAAAUGGGUCUGGGUAAAACAAUACAAACUAUUUCUUUUCUGAACUACCUGUUUCAUGAACAUCAGUUAUAUGGACCUUUCUUGCUGGUAGUGCCACUUUCUACUUUGACAUCUUGGCAAAGAGAAAUUCAGACAUGGGCUUCUCAGAUGAAUGCUGUGGUUUAUUUAGGAGAUAUCAAUAGUAGAAACAUGAUACGAACUCAUGAAUGGAUGCAUCCACAGACUAAGAGGUUAAAAUUUAAUAUCCUUUUGACAACUUAUGAAAUUUUGCUAAAGGAUAAGUCUUUUCUUGGCGGUCUAAAUUGGGCAUUUAUAGGAGUGGAUGAAGCUCAUCGUUUAAAAAAUGAUGAUUCCCUUCUGUAUAAGACGUUAAUAGACUUUAAGUCGAACCAUCGUCUUCUUAUCACUGGAACUCCUCUUCAGAAUUCCCUCAAAGAGCUCUGGUCUUUGUUGCACUUCAUCAUGCCAGAAAAGUUUUCUUCCUGGGAAGAUUUUGAAGAGGAGCAUGGUAAAGGGAGAGAAUUUGGCUAUGCAAGUCUUCACAAAGAACUUGAGCCAUUUCUGUUACGAAGGGUUAAGAAAGAUGUAGAAAAAUCUUUACCUGCCAAGGUUGAACAGAUUUUGAGAAUGGAGAUGAGUGCAUUGCAGAAGCAAUAUUACAAGUGGAUUUUAACCAGGAAUUACAAAGCCCUCAGUAAAGGUUCAAAGGGCAGUACCUCAGGCUUUUUGAACAUCAUGAUGGAACUUAAGAAGUGUUGUAACCAUUGCUACCUCAUUAAACCACCAGAUGAUAAUGAAUUCUAUAAUAAACAAGAGGCCUUACAGCAUUUAAUCCGUAGUAGCGGGAAAUUAAUCCUUCUUGAUAAGCUACUGAUUCGCCUACGGGAGCGUGGCAACAGAGUUCUUAUUUUCUCUCAGAUGGUGAGGAUGCUGGACAUCCUAGCAGAAUAUUUGAAGUAUCGUCAGUUUCCUUUUCAGAGAUUAGAUGGAUCAAUAAAAGGGGAAUUGAGGAAGCAAGCACUGGAUCAUUUUAAUGCAGAAGGCUCAGAGGAUUUUUGCUUUUUACUGUCUACAAGAGCUGGAGGUCUAGGUAUAAACUUGGCAUCUGCUGACACAGUAGUUAUAUUUGAUUCUGACUGGAACCCCCAGAAUGAUCUGCAGGCACAGGCUAGAGCUCAUAGAAUUGGCCAAAAGAAACAGGUUAAUAUUUAUCGACUAGUCACAAAGGGAUCUGUAGAGGAGGAUAUUCUUGAAAGAGCGAAAAAGAAGAUGGUGUUAGAUCAUUUAGUAAUUCAGAGAAUGGACACUACAGGGAAGACUGUACUUCACACAGGUUCCACUCCUUCAAGCUCUACUCCUUUUAAUAAGGAAGAAUUGUCAGCAAUUUUAAAGUUUGGUGCUGAAGAACUUUUUAAGGAACCUGAAGGAGAAGAGCAGGAACCGCAGGAAAUGGAUAUAGAUGAAAUCUUGAAGAGGGCUGAAACACGAGAAAAUGAGCCAGGCCCAUUAACAGUAGGGGAUGAGUUGCUUUCCCAGUUUAAGGUGGCCAAUUUUUCAAAUAUGGAUGAAGAUGACAUUGAGUUGGAGCCUGAACGAAAUUCAAGGAACUGGGAAGAAAUCAUUCCAGAGCUCCAAAGGCGAAGAUUAGAAGAGGAAGAAAGACAGAAGGAGCUUGAAGAAAUUUAUAUGCUUCCAAGAAUGCGAAACUGUGCAAAACAGAUCAGCUUUAAUGGAAGUGAAGGGAGGCGUAGUAGGAACAGAAGAUACUCUGGUUCUGAUAGUGAUUCUAUCUCUGAGAGAAAACGACCAAAAAAACGAGGACGACCACGUACUAUUCCACGAGAGAAUAUUAAAGGAUUUAGUGAUGCAGAGAUUAGGCGGUUUAUCAAGAGUUACAAGAAAUUUGGUGGGCCUCUGGAAAGGUUAGAUGCUAUAGCUAGAGAUGCUGAAUUAGUUGAUAAAUCUGAGACAGACCUUAGGCGACUGGGGGAGCUCGUACACAGUGGAUGCAUUAAGGCUUUAAAGGACAAUUCCUCUGGACAAGAAAGAGCAGGGGGCAGACUUGGAAAAGUUAAAGGCCCAACAUUCCGAAUUUCAGGAGUACAAGUGAAUGCAAAGCUAGUCAUCUCUCAUGAGGAAGAGUUAGCACCAUUGCACAAAUCUAUUCCUUCUGAUCCAGAAGAGAGAAAACGAUAUGCCAUUCCAUGCCACACUAAGGCAGCUCAUUUUGAUAUAGAUUGGGGCAAAGAUGACGACUCCAAUCUUUUAAUAGGCAUCUAUGAAUAUGGGUAUGGAAGUUGGGAAAUGAUAAAAAUGGAUCCUGACCUCAGCUUGACACACAAGAUUCUACCAGAUGAUCCAGAUAAGAAACCCCAGGCCAAGCAAUUACAGACCCGUGCAGACUACCUCAUUAAAUUACUCAAUAAAGAUCUUGCAAGGAAGGAAGCACAAAGACUUUCUGGUGCAGGAAACUCAAAGAGGAGGAAGACAAGAGCGAAGAAGAAUAAAGUGGUAAAACUUGCAAAAGUUAAAGAGGAGAUAAAAAGUGAUUCUUCUCCACUACCCUCAGAAAAAUCUGAUGAAGAGGAAGAGGAAGAUAACAAGGAUGAGAUCACUUCAGUGAGACAUCAAAAUAAAAAAAUAAAAGCAGAAAAAGAAAAUGACGAGAAAUCCGAGCCAGAUGCUGGUAUAAAGAAGGAGGCUGACGAAAAAAGAGAAACAAAAGAAAAGGAAAAUAAGAGGGAGCUGAAAAGGGAGAAAAAGGAAAAAGAGGAUAAGAAAGAAUUAAAGGAAAAAGAUACGAAAGAAAAGAGAGAAAGCAAAGUAAAGGAGUCUACACAGAAAGACAAAGAAGCAAAGGAAGAGAAGACAAGUGAAGUUAAAUCUGACAACAAAGAAAAAACCAAGAAAGCUACACCAGCAGAUACUCCAGUUCACAUUACUGCAAGUAGUGAGCCAGUUCCUAUAUCUGAAGAAUCUGAAGAAUUGGAUCAGAAGACAUUCAGUGUAUGCAAAGAAAGAAUGAGGCCUGUCAAAGCAGCACUGAAACAGCUGGAUAGACCAGAAAAAGGUCUUUCAGAAAGGGAACAGCUGGAACAUACUAGACAAUGUCUGAUCAAAAUUGGAGAUCACAUCACUGAAUGUCUAAAAGAGUACACAAAUCCUGAACAAAUUAAGCAGUGGAGGAAAAAUUUGUGGAUAUUUGUUUCAAAGUUUACAGAAUUUGAUGCCAGAAAGCUGCACAAACUAUAUAAACAUGCAAUCAAAAAACGCCAGGAAUCUCAGCAGCACAAUGACCAGAACAUCAGCAGCAAUGUGAACACACAUGUGAUUAGAAAUCCAGCAGAUGUGGAAAGACUGAAAGAGAAUACAAACCAUGAUGACAGUAGCAGGGACAGUUAUUCUUCUGACAGACAUUUGUCACAAUACCACGAACAUCACAAAGACAGACAUCAAGUAGAUGCUUACAAAAAAAGCGACUCUAGGAAAAGGCCUUAUUCUGCCUUCAGCAAUGGAAAAGACCACAGGGACUGGGAUCACUACAAACAGGACAAUAGAUACUACAGCGAUAGCAAACAUAGAAAGCUAGAUGACCACAGGAGUAGAGAUCACAGGUCAAGCCUUGAAGGAAAUUUAAAAGACAGUCGGUCUCAUUCAGACCACCGUUCCCAUUCCGAUCAUCGGAUACACUCAGAUCAUCGAUCCAGUUCAGAAUACAGUCAUCAUAAAUCUUCCAGGGACUAUAGGUACCACUCAGACUGGCAAAUGGACCAUAGAGCUUCCAGUAGUGGCCCUAGGUCACCACUAGAUCAGAGGUCUCCUUAUGGCUCAAGGUCUCCCUUAGGACACAGAUCUCCAUUUGAACACUCAGCAGAUCACAAAAGUACACCGGAACAUACAUGGAGUAUCCGAAAAACAUAACAAAGACUAACAUUUCUGGACCUUCUUUUAGCCAUAUACAGAAAACUAACACAGUAAUUGCCUUACAUGACUUGAAAGACGUGGACUGGAUAUUCUAUCAGUAGCAGUAUUGUUACUUCUUUCCAGGAUGCAAGGUCUAUUAUCCCAACAGAAGAAAAAAUAUUUUUGUAUUUAAAGUUUAUGCUGCACUGUGCUGCAAAUGUUGUGGCACUUUUUUUAAGAAAUGGAAGAUGUUUACUUUUACAGGGACCUCAACACUGCCCCAUUCAGACUGGAUCUUAUGAAACUCUUCAUGUCAAAGUGCUUUUAGGCUGAAUACAGUUUAAAUUAUGUUUGUAAAUGAACUUUUACACACUGACCUGUGAUCGUGUUUCAGGAAGGAAUGAGGCAUUUGAGUUUUAUUUUGUUUUAUUUUUCUUAGUAAGGAACUCUCAAGGACCUUGUUCACUUUCCAAAGCUACUUGUUUACAUUGUACACUGCGACCACCUUGCCGCUUUUCAUCACAAGCUUGAAUAUUUAAAUUCUGUACCUAGAACUGUAAAAAAGCCAGGAUUUUUUCCUGUUGGUGAUCAGUUGUAAUGCCUUUUUACAAAAGAAGCUGUAAAUUAUUGUAAAUUAAUUAAAUGAGCUUUUUCCCCUCUCAGGCUUUUUUUGACUGUUCCUUUCCCCAUCAACUCAGGCCGUCUUGUCACAAAUAGGAAACAAAAUCAGUGUAUUACACUUUUGAAUGAAGUAUCUUGACAGAAUCACUGUUCAGAAUGUAAAAUUGGGGAAAAGGAAAACUUCAGUUUUAGUGCUCCUUUUUUUUUAUUGGAUGCUGUGUGCGAUACAUGUUUUGUUUUUUUAAUAAACUGUCCGUGUUGUGAUUGUUGUAAUGAAAUGGUGAGAAAUAUACAACUGAUUUGGGCUCUGAAUAAAACAUUUUUAGAUGUAUUUGUUUUAAAAGGAGAAGAGUUUAAUACAUGAAACCUUCCAAAUACAUAUCAGCCAAAAUUUAUUGUAAAUCCAUUUGUUUUCCCUUUCAGUAUAGGCAAUAAUGUCAAAUGUGCUAUGCAGCCAGUUAAUAUUUUAGAAGAGUUGAGUGACUUUAUUAAUAGAAAUUGUUACAAUGCACACUGAUUGUAAAUAGAUAACUUCUAUCUGA